AUGUUCAGUCAUAUUCAAGUAGUAAGCAGUGGAGGUGGACGCAAAAUGGAUUCAAGUGGUAUAAUUCCAGACGUCAUUGACACCAGUCUUGAAGGUCUAGUUUGGGACGUGGAAGAUAACGCUCUGUAUACUUUGUUUAUGGUAGACCCCGAUUCAAUUAAUCGGGAAUUUUUACGCUGGCAGGUAAUUAAUAUUGCAGGCAAUAAAAUAGCUGAAGAUCAAACUAUUGCGGAAUACAGGGGGUCUGGUCCACCAGAGGGCAGUUUCUUACACCGUUAUGUUUUCUUAGUUUUCAAACAGCCGGGAAAGAUUCAAAGUCGCGUUAGAACGAAGACAAGAGAUAAUUUGGGUGAGCCGUUCGCUGGAAACUUUUAUCAUGCGCAAUACGAUGAAUAUGUGCGGAUAUUAAAAUCACAAAUGAUUAACUAA